AUGAAUGUACCGUCUGAAAAGCCGUCUUCUUCUGGCUUAACACAAAAAGAGAAGAACACAAUUGUGGUGGAUAUUGAGAGCUCUCCACCCAAGCAAAAAGAAACGGGUAUCAAGAAGAAUACGGAGUAUUCCAGUGAUGAUCAGCCUCGCGACUCACUGAAUUUAGUGGUAGCGACGUCGGCAAAUAAGUUUGCUGUCCUCGAUACAAUUCAAGAGGAAGAAGGUGAGAUUGUUGAAGAUGUGACAGUGGAGGAUGGUUUGGAAGACUCAGAGCCUACUGAAAAUUCUGAAAAUAGACAGAAUGAUGCGUCACUUCCACCGCAGCAAGAAGGAUCCGCGGAUUUGGGGCCGGAACUAUCCACAUUGGAAGCUUUCCAGAAAGAGCUAUCUGCAUUGGAUAAUGAUACAGUUCUCUCGGUCAGUGAUUUUGCUGAUGAUGGUGUGAUUGAGAAAAAUUCUGAGAUUGGUGAAACAAUAAUUGUUGAGCAGGAAAGCUGGUCUGAAGGGGACAUGGACGUUUAUGAGGACCAAGAGCGAGUGACAGCACAAGGGGGGGAUUUCAAUGUGAUCCGUACUUUGGAAGAAUACUCGGGAGUCUCUGUCCAAGAUAACGUUGCGAUGACUGAUUUCAAUACUUGCAUUGAGGACUACGGUUUGAUGGAAUUGUUGGCUGUAGGAGAAGACUUCACUUGGGGAGGAACUCGAAUAGAGAACCUGAAUCGUACUACAUCAGACCAUAGCCCAAUCUUGCAUCUUUUUGGUCAUCAAAUUGCGAGUAAACCUAAGGUUUUUCGCUUUCAAAAGAUGUGGCAGCGUCGAAGUGACUUCAAGGCCGUGGUAAAGGAAUGUUGGGACCAACCUUUAGGUUAUUAUGGGAUGCAUGGUUUUUUGUUGAAGCUACGCCAGUUGAAGGUUAAGCUUCGAGAAUGGAAUAAGGGAGUUUUUGGCGAUGUUUUUGAAAACCUUAAAUCGGCGGAGGCAAAUGUUCAACAGUUGGAAAGUUUAUAUGAUAUGACCAGUCUUGAACGAGAUAGUUUGGUGAGGGAUGGAGCAAUUGCAGCUUAUGGAACUCCUAGUAGGUCUCUUGCAUUGUCACAUUUGGCUUUUGCGGACGACCUAAUUAUCUUCACAAGAGGGCUGAAAAAUUCUCUUUCUGAGGAUUUCUGUGAAGGAGAUGAUGUCCUCGUUUGGCAGCCUAACACUAAAGGGGAUUUCUCAGUCAAAUCGGCUUAUGAGGUUACAAGGAGGAGGCGCGCAGAGGUGAAGGAGCUGAGCUUUGUGUGGGCUAAACAGGUUCCUUUAAGGAUUUCUUUCUUCAUUUGGAAAUUGCAUAAUAAAUUAUUGCCUUUUCCAGAAAUUCUUAGUAGAAUGGGGUUGCAAAUCUUGCCUUCAAUUUGCCCUUUUUGCAAGGUGCAAUCUGAAAAUAUAGAGCAUGUUUUCUUCGGUUGUCACAAGAUAAUGAAUGUAUGGUCUUUUUUUGCUGGAAUGAUGUGUAUCAAAGGGGGCUCCUCCUUGGCCUCAAUGAUUCAGAGUUGGUGGCAGAGGGGGGAUCAUUUGUCGGCCUAUGGAGUGUUUCACAUUCUUAUGCCUACAAUUAUUAUAUGGGAGACGUGGAAGGCACGCAACAAAGUGAUUUUUGAAGGCAGCAUCAUAGAGACAUCAAACCUGAUUUUUGCAAUCAAGACCCAUGUUGGUGAUCUUUUGAGAGUACAUGACUUGAAAGUAGCAACCUUGGCAGAGAAGUCUUUUUUUGAGGAAUUUUUUGGGGCUACUUUGAAGAAGAAGCCGCGGCCUCUAGUUAAAGAGGUUAGGUGGAUUCCUCCUCCUUCUAAUUCUUAUGUCCUAAAUACGGAUGGUUCAUCUGCUUUAGGGGAAGGGGGAUAUGGUUUUGUCAUUCGAGGAAAGGAAGGUACUUUUAUUUACAGUGAAAGUGGUUACCUUGGUGGUGGUAAUAGCUAUAUGGCAGAGAUAGCGGGGGCUCUCUUCAGAAAGUGUGAAAUGAUGAAUCUUUCUAAUGUUUAUUUACGAACUGAUAAUCAGAGCUUGGCUUGGGCAUUGAACCAUCCUUCGGCUUUCCCUUGGAGAUUCCAUCUUCUUUUUCAGGAAAUGCUUUCUAUUAUACUCAGAAAUGGGUAUAUAGUUUCUCAUGUUUUUAGGGAAGCAAACUUUGUAGCUGAUAAGUUAGCCAAAAAUGCCUCUUUUGACUUACAAGAAGAGGUUAAGUCGAUGAAUAGUUUCUAUGACAUACUUGAAACUAUGAUUGUGCCUACUAAGGAAGAACUUCAUCGCUCCUUAAACUCUAUGUCAAGACAUAAUCACUAUGAAAUUAGUGGAGUUGCUAGUCUUGGUGACUAUAUUGUUGAUGAUGAUGAAGCUUCUGAUAUUGAGGACGAUGGUACCUUGGAUAACUAUUUUGAUGUUCCUAUAAAUGAUGACUUUGAACAUGAGAGGUCUCCUAGGCAUCAAGAGGUUGUGGGGAUCACGUGA